UGCGUGUUUUGGGUGGCGGAUAUCGCCGCUUUCAUUUCUAGAUUCUUAUAUCUGAAGAAAUCCUGAAAAGUCCUCCAUACUAUCAUGGCUAGCGCCCGGUCGGCAAAAGAAGAAAGAAUCAGGUACAUACAGGGAGACCUUUUUACAUGUCCUGGAACAGACUCCUUGGCUCAUUGUAUCAGUGAGGAUUGUCGUGCUGGCAUAGCUGCCAUUUUUAAGAAGAAGUUUGGUGGUGUUCAGGAGCUCUUGAACCAGAAAAAGAAGACUGGGGAUGUGGCUGUUCUGAAGAGAGAGAAUCGAUAUGUGUACUAUCUGAUUACAAAGAACAAAUACUUUCAUAAGCCUACCUAUGACAAUCUACGGAAGAGCUUGGAAGCGAUGAAAAUCCAUUGCCUUAACAAUGCUGUAACUUGUAUUUCUAUGCCGAAGAUUGGGUGUGGACUUGACCGCCUGAAUUGGAGUAAAGUUUCAACAAUGCUUGAUGAAGUAUUUGAGGAUACAGAUGUUAGCAUUACAGUUUAUACCCUUUAAUUUAUUAUCCUUUUGUA